AUGUCUCGUGGGAGUCGCAGUAGUCAGCCUACAAAUGUUGUCCGGGCAAAUUGGACAUACGAGCAGGAGGAGACCUUCAUGCACACCCUAUGGGAGCAAUUUCAGGCCGAAAACCUUGCCGGCACGAACUUUGCACCCCCUAUAUGGACUAUGAUAAGGGCGGAGUUCAUCCUACAAACUAAUACACCUUACUUGAUAGCCCAACUACAGGAGAAGCUAAGAAGGACUAAGGAUGCAUACAACAAGCUGAAGAAGCUUGUUGUCCAUACAACGGGCCUAGGGUGGGAUGCAAGCACUGGGUUGGUCGCAGCUGAUGAGGAGCGUAAAGUCGAUUGGAUUAGGGUUCCGCCAUCUCCUGACCAAACCAUUUGCCCAUUUGGAGUACUGUCACGAGAUGUUUGGCAAACAGCCACGGGGGGAGAGGGAACUGUAAUUCCUGGGUUUGAGAGUGCUAUGAACGGUCCGAGUGUUGCUGGUACCAAUGAUGUUGGAGGGAGGAGCUGGCGAGGACGUCGUACAAGUGAAUCAGAUUUUGCAAUGGGCUUUGCUGGCAUUGGUUCCGCAGAUAUUGGGUCGCCCUCAAUAGGGGCCGGACUAUCGCGUCGCCCGGUGCGACACCGGGGGACCUCUUCGCAAACUGAGGAGCUGCGGCAGGUUCUUAGCGAGGAGAUGGCUGUUAUCGUAGAUAGGGUGCAAGAGAACACACGAUCCAUUGUUAGUAGGCGGGAGGAGACUGUGCAGCUUGCAAGGGAGGCGCUAAAUGCCCUGACUGACGUCCCUGGCCGAGCCAUUAGUACGGCUCGUACGCAUCUCCUAGUACCUGAAGUUCACGAGUUUUUCUUGCACUAG